CAUUAGGGCAGCCUGGGUUCAGCUCUGUCCUUUUCCAGACCUAGAGCAGGAGGGGAGCUCUGAGCGAACCACCUGAGGUCAUUCAAUCUGAAAAGAAAACAAGAAAAGAAAAAGGAAGUAACACAAUACUUGAAAAAGGAACUAAAAAGUGAUCACGAAAUGCCCGCUGCAAAGAAAGAAGGCGAUGAUGCUGGUGGUUGGAGGCAGUUCCUCUGGAAUUCCGAGAAAAAGGAAUUGUUAGGACGGACCGCGGCCAGUUGGGCAAAGAUCCUUUUCUUCUAUGUCAUCUUCUACGGUUGCUUGGCUGGAAUAUUCAUCGGUACCAUCCAGGCCCUGCUGCUCACCCUCAGUGACUAUAAGCCCACCUACCAGGACAGAGUUGCUCCCCCAGGUUUAACGCACACGCCACGCUCCGACAAAUCAGAACUCUCCUUCAAUAUGAAGGACGGGGAAACGUACCUCAAGUAUGUAAAGGGCAUGAAGGAAUUCCUGAAGAUGUACGACGACGACAAGCAGGAGGACGCGCUCAAGUAUGAGGACUGUGGAGAGACCCCUGGGGAAUACAAGAAUAGAGGUGACUUGGAGAGCGACGUGGGGGUGAGGAAGGCCUGCCGCUUCCGGAGACAGUGGUUGGAGUCCUGCUCCGGCUUGCAAGACGAACACUUUGGAUUCAGUGAAGGGAAGCCCUGCCUGAUUGUCAAGCUCAACCGGAUCGUCAACUUCAGGCCCAGGCCUCCCAAAUCCAACGACAGCAUCCCUGAGGAUGCCCAGUCAAAGGUGCAGCCCUACCUGAUCCCCCUCUUCUGCACCAACAAGAGGGAAGAGGAUGCUGGAAAAAUUGGUGAGAUCAAGUACUAUGGUUUCAGCGGUGGGUUCCCCCUGCAGUACUAUCCCUACUACGGCAAAGCCCUGCACCCACAGUACCUCCAGCCACUCGUGGCUGUCCAAUUCACCAACCUCACCGUGAACACAGAGCUGCGCAUUGAGUGCAAGGUCUUUGGUGAGAACAUUAACUACAGCGACAAGGACCGUUACCAGGGACGCUUUGACAUUAAGAUCACAGUGAACUCAUGACCUCAGCUAUAUAAAUGGCUUACUCUGCCCCCAUUUCAAAACCAACAAAUAAUUAAGAAAGUGGAAGGAGAGGAAAAAAAACCUAGUCUUGAACAAACUGUCAUAAAUACGGGACCUACACUUAAUCUGUAUGCUUUACACUAGCUUCUCUGCAUCUAUUUUAGGGUUAGAUUGUAAAUUACGGAGUAGCAAUAGCAAAGUAUUUAUUCUACUGUAAAUGAGAAUAUUCCUUGAGCCAUGGGACAUGUUCAUUUAUUACUGUAAAUUAUAAUUCCACUACUGAUGUAGCGAGCAGUGUUUCUGUCCCUAAGUAUUGCUGCCUUGUGUGGUUUCUAUAUAUUUUUGGAGUGUACAGUAGUUGCAUACAAUGGUCCUUUACAAGCCAUGUCGUAAUUUCUGUUCUUACAUGAGCAAGCUUUAGUGGUCCAAGGUGUGUGUGCCUGUCUGUGUGUGCGAGUGUAUGCAUACGUAUACUUACUAACUGAAACUACGGGGAUGGUACGCUCUGAUCCUUCUAGGGCCGCGUGGAAGAAAAUGACUGCACUCCGUGAAACUCUACCUUAUUUUUUCUUUUUUUCCGUCUUCUAGUCUGAUUGCGUGAGAUUUUUACAAUUUCUUUUGAAUCACUAUUCAAUGUGGGACAAGGGGGUCUUAUUGCGCUUUGUUUUUGGGAGGGGGCUUUUAAUUCCUUUAAAGCUUAAGGUUUUGUGUAGAGUUUCGUGUCCAGCCUGUGAUGCUGUCGUCUUAAUGUCGACGGUGACUCAGUGCUUUAAUUAAAACAAAAAAGUUUUGCUGGAGACAUCACAUGACGUGGUGCAACUUUCUAAUGAAUGUUUUAGCCAUUUACAUGGUGGAAGAAUUUUAUAUUUAUGCAGUUGUACAUUUUUUUUCUUUUUUUUUUCUGCAGGAAAAAGUAAUGUAUACAUAAAAUACCAAAGUCACCGGUCAAAGGUUAUUAGAAUUUUAUCGGAAGCAAUGCAGUACCCUGUGUAAUUGGAUGUUUGUUGGUGUUAAAGUACAAGUCAAUGUUGAACAUCAGACUUAUGAGGAGUCAAUCUGCUCUUGUCAUUCAUUUAAUCUGGGUAAAACUUAAACAAAUAAAAAAAAUUAAAGUGGU